CAACCCCUAUCUCAUUCGGAGGCUGAUUCAGGGGCUAUAGAAAGGCCCACGCACGUCACAGUGAGCACGAGGAGCAUAUUUUUCUCAGCCUCUUAUGGUGUGGCAGUCUGCGGAUUGCGGGACGGUACAAGCACUUGUGUUAACUUUCGUUCCGGGGAAACCAAAGGUCUCACUGCAGUUUCCCCGCCACUUUCUUUGCUUGUAUUCCUUUUCUUUUGCUGACUUAUAACACGUACCAUAACCUAGUACCCUUUGUCAAUCGGUCGCACCCUUUGAAAGCCACUUUUUGAGGACUUUCCAGAUCCUCAAUUUUGUCUUCGCCCGGCUCUCCAGCCUGUGUACAAUUGAGAAGGUCGGUCANCCACCGAGAGAAGUUUGAACGGCAUUCCUCGUGUAAACAGGGAGUGAAAAGGGAGCGGGUUUUUCGUCCUCCACCUUCUCACAUUCCCCUCAAAAACCUAGAUUCCGCUAUCUGUAAAGUCAACUCCAGUUGGAUUGUCAAAACGAAGCCCAAAUGGCAUCCGACGAUCCGGCAGUACGCUUUACUCUGUUCUUCAACAUCCUCUCUCCUCUUUGUAGGCACAAAGCUUUUGGAAUCGCAGCUGUCCGAAUACGAGCACAAAGCUCGAGCCGUCUGUAUUGGUGUGAACCACUUGGCUUUAGACACCGAACGUAUUCAGCAAGAUGAGUUACUUCAGAGAGUCAAGAAGCUUGAGCAAGAGCUCAAAGAUUCCGCAUCACAAAAGUCCGGUUUACCACAGCGCGCGUCAGAACUACGGAGUGACAUCAAGAGUAAUUCCGCCGCGCUCCGCUACCUCGAAACCAUAUCGCGACUGGAACGGUCAUUCACAGUACUAACUGAAAAUGUCUCCGAGACAUCAGUACAACUCAGCAGUCCAAAGGCGCUAACGGAGUCAGUAUAUGUGAAGAAAGAUCUCGGUGGAAAUGUCCAAAGCUGUUGGAAUUAUGUGUCAAAUCUGUCUCGACUCACCCAAGUUCACAUUCGCAACGCGGCCGAAUAUCAACAGUUCCAUCAUGCGGUGAACGAAGUGGAGGCCAAGUUGUCAAGGCGAAUCAAAAUGACACAUCCAGACCACGCUCGGCCAUUGGAAGAAGACAUCACUGGGGCACAUGUGUUGGCAAAUGAGUUGCGUGAUCAUCUGAACCACUUCAUACAUUUGUGGAAUCGAACUGGGCAACUGUUGGAAGAGAGCCGACGGGUGGUUCCGGUGCACCUACGGUUGGGUGGAGUGAACAACGGUCUGAGCACGAACACAGAGGUUCCCAGUGUUGUGAUGGCUCGAGCGCUCCUGUCGUUGGCCGGUCCGAACUACGAAUUGGCCGAGGGUGAAGAAGUUCGAAUCGUGAGCAACACAGAUGAUCCACAUUUCUGGAAGGUGCAGACGAGUAGUGGGAUUGUUGAAGUUCCCUCGGUCUGUUUGUGGAUUUCCGAUCCGGAUUUGGGGGCUGUGAAGCGAGCAAUAACUGCAAGAGAGAAGUGUGUGGAAUCGUGGGAACUGGCAGUGGACCGAAUGAGAGAACGGUUGCGGACCUACUACACCCGGGUGCUGAGUCACAUGGCAGAGAAUGGGGAUGUGUACUACAGCAGCAAGAACGUGAUGCAACACUUCCUGGACGAUUUGGAUCUACUCUACCCGCCAUCGGAUGCAUCUGCAGUGGAACUGAAACGUGCUCUGAAUCGAUUCCAAGACAAGCUACAGUUAGUUGAACGUGGACGGCAACCCAGAGAUGCAUUCGUACUACGCGAACAAGACAUUGUUUCCAUGCACAGUCCUCUUCUUCGUCUGCGGGAUCACGAAAACCAAAUGCGCAGUUUGAACGUACAGGCGCAGUUUAUUGGACAACACAUGGCGCACUACCUGCGCGAAAUCGAUGCCGAUCGACGAAGGAUGGACGACGAACUGAAGCGCAUGACCUCACUGCAACGUGAUCACCAGACACAAUUAGAGCACCUGAUCAGUCGUGUUCGGCGAUGGAGCAGUCGAUAUGACCGGGGACACCCGAAGUUCGAUAGUCAGGAGUCAGGAACUAGCUCUAGUGUCCGAUCCAGCACACGGUCUGAUGUGACUUGGCACGGGGAAGCAGCUCCCAGGGUCAGGAAGGACGUGAUGGAUGCCAUAACACAGAUUGGUGUGGAAACGGAAAAUGCUGCAUCACAAACGCACCAAUUAGAAAUGACCACCGAAGUGACUGAGUACAGAGCAGCUCGUCCCUUGAAAGAAUCAAUCUGUCAGAUUGGUCAGAUCACCUCUGUCCAGUUGAUCCAAACAGAGGGUCUUCAAGCACCACCACCGCCUCAAAAGAGUGAACUGUUCGAGGCGAUCACUCAGACCGGUACAGUGCAUGCCGAUGCAUCUCUUCAGGCCGAUAUGCUUGAGACUUCUUGGGUUGGGGUGGAGCAAGUUCGGACACAACAGGCUCUUCCGACUCAGGUUGGAGAUGCGGCUCCUCCGCCUCAGGUUGGAGAUGCGUUUUGUCAAGUGGGUUAUAUUCAGAGCACAAGCCACACGCAAACGGAGCCAUGGCUAGGCACUGCUGUUUCCAGAGCACGAAGCCAGCAGAGUGUUGGACUUCAAACUUCUGCAGCUCAACCAGCAAGGGAUGCGAUUUGUCAAAUUGGUACCGUUACCUCAAGUGCAAGCAUACAAACGACUGAUCUAGCACUCAGACCCAGCAGAAGUGUCAGCGAACAAUUUGUCGCCAGUUCGAUGCAGCCCCGACCCGUUUCGGACGUAAUAUGUCAGAUUGGCAGUUUGCUCGCCGUUCAGGGAACCCAAACACCGCACGUGGAGACCUCGACUUUCCACGCUAUUACUCAAACAGGCAUGAUAACCACAGAGUCUGCGGUACAAUCUGAUCUGUUGCUAGAAAGGCCACGUCAGGAGUCAACGCUUGCUGCCGCGUGUCAGGUAGGUGUUCUGCAACAACCGGCGGCGGUACAAGUUUCCCUGCUGGCACCACGUCCUUCCGUUCUAGAUGCCAUCUGCCAGAUCGGUCUUCUACAGCAAAGCGUAUCGACGCAAGUCGAGCCACCAACAGGAAGACAUUUUGAUGUGGCAACUCAGUUAGGAUUCUUAACCAUGGAACAGCAGCUGCAGACAGAGAUGUUGGAGGAGAUACCGAUGGUUGAGGUCAUCCAACAACAGCAACAACGUGUCUUCACAACAACAGCUAACGUAGAGACUCAAGUGGGAGUGCUAUCCAACAACCAGGCCACCCAAUUUGCCGGGCUUAUUGGAAAACCUUCCAUGAGUAUGGCGUGUCAAACGGACUUGGGGCUAGUCAGAGACGCAACAGUUCAACAAUUGGGGAAGUUUUACGUGGACAGCUAUAACGUUGAAUCACAAACGGGUGUCAUCACCACCAAUUGGGGCACACAGACAGAGGAUAGGAUGAUUGAAACAAAAACCAUGCCAGUAUUGUCCGCUCCGGCCCCGAAAGCAUAUGCAUACGUGACGCAAACGUCGGAGCAACGUCGACCGAAACUGCACGAGUUCGCGUUGCAAACACCUCAAGAGUUGAAACCCAAACCUCGAAGUAAGAGCUAUGAUGUACUCACGCAGGUCGGUAUCGCCAAAGAGUCUCGGUCAACACAAGUCGAAAGAAGUCACAAAGACUACGAUGUGGGCAGUCAGGUUGGUGUAAUAUCGCAGGCCAAAUCAACUCAGACCACAGAAUACUCAGCGGUUGCACCCGUAGCCUUUGAAGUUGAGUUGCAGACAGGCGUAGUCACAAUGUCAAGAGAUACACAGACUAGGAUAGAUUAUCAAAAACGUGUGCAAGUUGAAGAUGCCAACGUAGGGACUGACAUUCGAGUACGUGGUAGGGAUGCAACAAUCGCUACAGAGGAGCAACUGGUCAUGGAGCCUGUGCUAGUGCAACAAGCAUUUCGGCCAGUGACACCAAAAAUGGACUAUGGACAACAAGUGGAAAUCCUAUCCACGCGAUUUGACGUGGAAACUCAGUCAGGUGUAGUUACCCAAGCAGACAGUACACAGACGACCAUAGUGGCGGAAAGCGCUGCCAAAGUUUCCACCGCAAAAUACGAUGUUGAAAUGCAGUCUGGAGUCGUUACGCAAGAACAUAGUACACAAACAGAGAUUAAGUUGAGUGCUGCUAUUCCCAUGGAUGACGCAAGCGUACAACAUGAGCCACGGAAGCCAGCAGAAAACAAGAAGUUCCAAGUUGCCAUCAAUCCAUUGGCAUAUGAUGCCAUAAUCGAAAGUGAACAACCAAUUCUGGUUGAUACGGUUACCCCAGUCAAACAAACUAUUCCCCAUGUUCCCAAAUCUGAAGCCUCGAUACAGACAGUGACAAAAAGUAGAUACGAUGUGGAAUUACAAUCAGGAAUUAUUAGUCACCCACACAGUACGCAAACAGAUAUGAGAAUGAAACCUGCAGUUCCCAUGAGUGAUGCCGGCAUCCAGUAUGGGAAAUCACCAGCUGUAGGGUACGACAGACUCCUUGAAACAGAACCGCAGCUCCAUGUGGAUGUUGUGGCUCCAAUUCAGCAAGUACGUGAGGUGAUACAGACAGACGACUUUUGCGCACAAGCCUCUCUGGCUCCUUCCAGGUACGACGUUGAAAUGCAGUCAGGAACAGUGACAGACGUGCACGGUACUCAGACGGAGAUAAAAUUGCAGCCUGUUGUUCCAGUGGAUGACGCAAGCGUGCAGCAUGCCACACCAAAGCCUAAACCUGGUGAGAACAAGAAGUUCCAAGUGAACCUCAGUCCAGCUGCAUUCGACACAUUGCUGGAGAGCGAACAACCACUUCGUGUGGAUGUCAUCGCGCCGGUGCAGCAAGUCAUUCCGGAGGUUCGCACGUCCGAGGCCGGGAUACAGGCUUCCUAUGCACCUAGCAAGUACGACGUCGAGCUACAAUCAGGGACUGUCACCGACGUACACAGUACACAGACGGAACCGAAGCUAACACCAGUCCGGCCCGUCAACGAUGCCGGUAUGCAAUUCGAAGGGAAGAGACCCGUGGCGUACGAUAGACUGCUGGAGAGUGAGAGACCACUGCAUGUGGAUGUUAUAGCUCCAGUACAACAAGUAAGACCGGAAACACCCAAGGAUGACUUUGGGGUACAGGCUGACAUUCUCCCAAAGAGGUAUGAUGUGGAACUACAAUCCGGAGUCGUUACCGACACGCAUGGAACGCAGGCGGACACGAAACCCAGGCCCAUCGUUCAAGUGGAUGACGCUAGCGUACAGCAUGAGUUCAAAAAGCCUGCUGCGUACGACAGACUGCUGGAAGCGGACCAACCAGUGCGCGUAGACGUUGUAGCCCCGGUUCAACAACUGCUCCCGGUAACACCUAAAGACGACGUUGGAGUGCAGGUUGCCAUUGUUCCAAACAAGUUUGACGUGGAAAUGCAAUCAGGAGUCGUCACGGAGACCCAUGGCAACCAAACAGACUUGAAACCCAAGCCUGUCGUUCCGGUCAACGAUAUUAGCGUGCAACAUGUGCUUGCCAGACCUUUGGGAUAUGACAGACUCCUUGAAACAGAACCGCAGCUCCAUGUGGAUGUUGUGGCUCCAAUUCAGCAAGUACGUGAGGUGAUACAGACAGACGACUUUUGCGCACAAGCCUCUCUGGCUCCUUCCAGGUACGACGUUGAAAUGCAGUCAGGAACAGUGACAGACGUGCACGGUACUCAGACGGAGAUAAAAUUGCAGCCUGUUGUUCCAGUGGAUGACGCAAGCGUGCAGCAUGCCACACCAAAGCCUAAACCUGGUGAGAACAAGAAGUUCCAAGUGAACCUCAGUCCAGCUGCAUUCGACACAUUGCUGGAGAGCGAACAACCACUUCGUGUGGAUGUCAUCGCGCCGGUGCAGCAAGUCAUUCCGGAGGUUCGCACGUCCGAGGCCGGGAUACAGGCUUCCUAUGCACCUAGCAAGUACGACGUCGAGCUACAAUCAGGGACUGUCACCGACGUACACAGUACACAGACGGAACCGAAGCUAACACCAGUCCGGCCCGUCAACGAUGCCGGUAUGCAAUUCGAAGGGAAGAGACCCGUGGCGUACGAUAGACUGCUGGAGAGUGAGAGACCACUGCAUGUGGAUGUUAUAGCUCCAGUACAACAAGUAAGACCGGAAACACCCAAGGAUGACUUUGGGGUACAGGCUGACAUUCUCCCAAAGAGGUAUGAUGUGGAACUACAAUCCGGAGUCGUUACCGACACGCAUGGAACGCAGGCGGACACGAAACCCAGGCCCAUCGUUCAAGUGGAUGACGCUAGCGUACAGCAUGAGUUCAAAAAGCCUGCUGCGUACGACAGACUGCUGGAAGCGGACCAACCAGUGCGCGUAGACGUUGUAGCCCCGGUUCAACAACUGCUCCCGGUAACACCUAAAGACGACGUUGGAGUGCAGGUUGCCAUUGUUCCAAACAAGUUUGACGUGGAAAUGCAAUCAGGAGUCGUCACGGAGACCCAUGGCAACCAAACAGACUUGAAACCCAAGCCUGUCGUUCCGGUCAACGAUAUUAGCGUGCAACAUGUGCUUGCCAGACCUUUGGGAUAUGACAGACUCCUUGAAACAGAACCGCAGCUCCAUGUGGAUGUUGUGGCUCCAAUUCAGCAAGUACGUGAGGUGAUACAGACAGACGACUUUUGCGCACAAGCCUCUCUGGCUCCUUCCAGGUACGACGUUGAAAUGCAGUCAGGAACAGUGACAGACGUGCACGGUACUCAGACGGAGAUAAAAUUGCAGCCUGUUGUUCCAGUGGAUGACGCAAGCGUGCAGCAUGCCACACCAAAGCCUAAACCUGGUGAGAACAAGAAGUUCCAAGUGAACCUCAGUCCAGCUGCAUUCGACACAUUGCUGGAGAGCGAACAACCACUUCGUGUGGAUGUCAUCGCGCCGGUGCAGCAAGUUAUUCCUGAAGUUCCGAAGUCUGAUAUCGGAAUGCAAGUGUAUAUCUACCCUGAAAGAUUUGACGUGGAACUACAAUCUGGGAUAGUUAGCACAAUACAUGCUGUCCAGACAGAGCCUCAGCUUAUCCCAGCUGUUUCGGUGGAUGAUUCUAGUGUGCAACACGUAAGCGGGAAACCCAAACCAGUUGAAGAUAAACUGCUGCAGGUACGUAUCGACUCAACUGGGUAUGAUAGGAAGGUUGAAGCGGAACGCAUCGAUAUGGUUGAUCUAGUCGCUCCAGUGGUCCCAAUAAAAUACGAUGUGGAGACACAGUCAGGUGUCGUUACGGACUCGCAAAGUAUACAAACAGACCUGCGGCUCAAGUUGGAUGUUCCCGUUAGCGAUGCAAGCGUACAACACGAAGAACGGAAGGCUGCGGGUUACGAUACACUAUUGGAAACGGAGAAGCCGCUGAGUUUGGAGGUGCUUACCCCGGUUCAGCAACUACACCAGGAGCCAUCAACAAACGACUUUGGGAUACAGGUUACAAUUCUUCCAAAUAAAUUUGAUGUGGAACUGCAAUCGGGCAUUGUUGUCGAUGUGCAUGGCACGCAAACGGAAAUCGUUCCUGUAGAUGAAAUAUCGGUUCAGCAUGAAACAAUCAGACGGCAUCCGGAAGAAAACAAGAAGCUUCAGGUUAAUCUCGCUCCAACCCCUGUGGACGCGAUCCUGGAAAGUGAGCCACAACUGCUUGUAGAUAUCGUUGCACCGGUUCAACAAGUUCACCGUGAAAUUCCAAAACAUGUUGAAAUACAGGUCGGAAGUACACCGGUCACAUAUGACGUGGAACUACAGUCCGGCAUAAUCACGGAGGCCCAUUCAGUUCAGACAGACGAAAUUCGGAAAUCUCCAAUCCAUACUGCCGACGCGGGUGUGCAGCACGUACCAGCUCAAGCUAGGCCAGGUGAGAACAAGAAGUUUCAGGUCAAUCUCAGUCCGUCAGCAGUUGACACUUUGGUUGAGGCUAAGCAAAUUGUGCUCAAAAAUACUGUUGGUCUCCAGGCUGAAGUCGUCCACAUGACUACUGAUGUGCAAGUUCAAUCUGGUGUGAUCACUUCCGUAGCUGGUGUUCAAACAGAUGUGCUGCGAAAACCACCAAUCCUGACCGAAGACGUCUCGAUCCAGUUCACAGAAAAACGACCAAUUGGUAAGGAAAAUCAAACUAGUGUGAAGCCAACUACACGCGACCAAACCACACAGAGUGAGGAUGUGCUACACAUCGACGUAGUUGCCCCGGUUCAAAGAGAGGUUAUUCCCACAGAAAAUAGGGGUAUACAAGCUAUCAUCCAACCUACCCGACGUGACGUGGAGAUGCAAUCAGGAACCGUGAUGAGUGUACACCAAACCCAGACUGAGGCAGUACUGAAACCGGUCAUUCCUGUGGAUGACGUGAGUGUACAAUACGAGGCCGCAAGACCGACUGCACGUGACAUGAUUGUGGAGAGUGAGAAACCAUUGAGUGUAGAAGUGGUUGCUCCGGUGCAGCAAGUCAUGCCGGAAAUACCGCAAGUGGAUAUGGGGAUACAAGCAUUGAUAGUGCCUACCCGAUACGAUGUGGAAAUGCAAUCAGGAGUUGUCACGGACGUGCACGGAAUUCAAACGGAUAAGGUUCUGAAACCUGUUGUUCCAGUAGACGACGUGAGUAUACAGUACGAACAAGAUAUCGAACCAGCAGGGAAGAACAAGAAAUUGCAGGUUGCAUUACAUCCCAUGCCACAUGAUCGAAUGUUAGACAGCGGCGAACCUAUUUCGGUUGAUAUCAUUGCGCCUGUGCAAGUUGCAGCUAUUCCAACUGCCGAAGCCAGUUUACAGGCAAUUAUUACGCCUACCACGUAUGAUGUCGAGUGCCAAUUGGGCGUGAAGACCAAGACUGGGUCUACUCAAACAGAUGCACAGAAAAAAGCCGACACGUUGGAUGUCAACAUUCAAUACAAGUAUGUGCCUGAGGUUCAAACAAGUCAGAAAGAAGUCCAAGCUGAACUGAGGAAGGAAUUUAUUGACAUUGUGAUUGGCACUGGACCCGAAUCACGACCACAAUGGAAAGAUUACCAGUCCGAGACAGAAGAAGAGCUAAAGGUUCAAGUCCUACCCCCUGUACAGGCGGUUAUUCCCAGUGAAGAUGUUGGCAUACAAGCGGAAUAUUCCCCUAUCACAUACGAUGUGGAGUUGCAGUCAGGUGUUUUAACAAUGAUUCACGACACCCAAACUGAUCCAUUGAUAAAACCGGUGGUUCCAACCGAUGAUACAGGUGUCCAGUUCACACAAGCUCCGCCGAAAACCGGGGCAAACAAGAAAUUCCAAGUCACCUUAACACCACAAGGGCAUGAUACUGUUAUGAGUGGUGACCUUAAAACGCAGCCAGAUGUUGUUGCCCCUCUCACGUACGAUGUGGAAUUGCAGUUCGGAGUCAUCACAGCCGUGCGGCAAACACAAACGGAGCUUGAAUUGAAACCACCUGUGCCAGUAGACGAGGUAAAUGUGCACUAUGAACGGGCCAUGCCCAUUUCACACGAUACUGUUUUGGAGAGUGAGAGACCUUUUGUUGCAGAGAUCGUUGCACCGGUUCAGAAGGUCAUACCAGGCAUAGAAAAGAUCGUUGCACCGGUUCAGCAGGUCAUACCAGGAAUAGAAAGUAGAGAAAUGGGCAUACAAACUGCUCCCACGCCGACCAGGUACGACGUUGAGCUGCAGUCAGGAACUGUUACGACAGUACAUGGUUCACAGACGGACGAUUUCUUGCGACCUGUUGUUCCGGUAGAUGAUGUGAGUGUACAGCUGGAACAGGCGGUCGGGCCAGCCGGAAGGAAUAAAAAGUUCCAGGUCGAUAUCCAGGCUGUUCCGUACGAUCGAUCGGUGGACAGUGGAGAACCUAUUCGUCUAGAUGUAAUUGCCCCAGUGCAACGAGUGUUGGCUCAAGUGGAGGACGCCAGUGUCCAGGCUCGCAUAACGCCAAAACUGUCGGAUGUCUCUCUACAAUGUGGUACAGUGACGAACACGUGUGGCUCGCAAACAGCUGAGAUAGAGAAGCCUUUGGUGGCUGUUGAAGAGUCGGCUGUAGAGUAUAGAAUUUCAUCCCCACCACCUGGAGUAAAUAAGAAACUGCAAUUCUCGGCCUAUUCUGAACCGCACGACAUCUGUGUUGGCAGCGACAUCCCCAUUCAGAUUGACGUUAGGGCUCCUGUGAAACAAGUGCCGGAAUCGGUGGCGAAAGAUAGCUUUGGAGUACAAGUCGUUAUCUCGGCAGAUCUGUACGAUGUGGAGACGCAAGCUGGGCACGUGACAGACGUUGGAAGUACACAAACGGAAGGCCCCACAAUACCCAUCAUGGAUGAGGCUGAGGUUCAGUAUCAAGCGUUUACAAUCACUUCUGGCCUUAACAAAAAGCUUCAGGUUCGCGUAAGCCCAAUUCAGGUGGAAGCAUCCGUACAAAAAGACGGAUCACCAGUUGGUACUCGGUCAUUUGGUGCUCAAACGGCAGAAGAUUUGAUCGAUUCAAAAGUCUCCUUUGUGAGACGGGCAGCUGGCCAGGACUAUACUACGAACACCGAAGAUACUCUGACAGUAGUGGCACUCCCGAUGGAGCAGACAGUGAGAACGGAACCAGAGAAAUCUGACGUAAGCACUCAGUGUGGUAUACGAACUGAGACAAGCGUCACACAGACCAGUGUCUUGAGUACGCGCACCAGAUCAGUGGCAACGGAUGAACCCUUGUCGAUUGAGGUGGUUGCCCCAGUAAGUCAAGAAGAUCGGACAAGAAAGUAUGACGUCAGCGUGCAACUUGGUGUCAGAACACAAGUCGCUUUGACCCAAACCGAGCCUUUGGCACCUGAUGCCGUCGAUUGUGCGGUUACCACAGUAACUUAUCACGAGGGACCCUCACGAAACAAAAAGCUGCAAGUGAGCACCGACAUACCGCACCUCGAUGUCUCCAUACAAACAGAACCAAGAGAGCCACUUCUUUCUGACGUGCAAACUCAAACCAUUGUGCAGGAUGAAGAGAUGACCCAAACAACCGUAUCCUACAUGGACACCGUGAGGAAAGAGAGUCAAGGCUUUAGACUUCAUCCAGCUAUUCCGCUUGUCGAGAGCAUCACAGAAUUUGCUACCCCACAUCGAAAUAAAAAGUGUCAGAUCAAUUUGGUGAGUUCAGAAGGCACGAAACCCAUGACCUCCAAUAAAAAAUUACAGGCUAGGGUCAUUCAGUUGGAUUCUGAGUGUCAGUUUGAGAGUAGACCUAUUGUAUCAGAGAUAACCCAACCGGUUCCUGCUGCUCGAGUUGAAGCGGAGGCACAAGUCGGGCCAGUACAGCAUAACAAAAAGUUGCAAGCUUCAGGGGUGCUGUCAACCGACUCAGUGGGCUUUGCUCCAGCUUCCCAUUUGGAUGCAUUCACCAUGACAGUGCUGCAACCGGGUUUCGACGCAUGGACCCAGAUCGAAGAGCCCGUCCGAACGGAACCUGAGGUACAGGUAUUACAACUCGCUGGCCAGUUUGCCACACCGUCAGACAGAAGGGAUUGUGCUAUGCAAACCACCCUCAGCCUGACAAGCGACGUCAUGGUCGACACAGUUCCAACCAAAUAUGUCACGCAGAUCAUACAAGCCGAGGCGGAGCCCAGCCAAGAGUCGUCAUUUUUCCGCACACAGUUGAUAACCAGUUUUUCGGAGAAGGUAGAAGCUGAGCCCACCAAAGCCGACGUCACACAUGUUUCAUUCAGUCAACUUCCGCCACAACCGAUCGAGCUAACGCCCAAAGUUGAGCAUACUGCUUAUGUUAGUAAAACCAUUCAACUAAGUGUUCCCAGAGCCGAUAAUUCGCUGCAGACGGAUCUAAUGACUGCGAGUAAGCAUUCACCUGUUCAGACACGUCACGUUCGCAUUCAAAAAGGCAGUUCAUGGUUGUUCUCACGCCAACAAGACACAGGUAUUCAGGUGGAUCUUACCGAAGUUGGACAGGAAAGUCCUCUGUACGUAAGACCAGUGCAAGCAGCGACGCGUUCAGAAGUUGUGGAUACCACAGAAUGCUAUGUAUCUUCACGAUACGGGAGCAUGACAUCCCCGACAGGCUCAGUGCGUGGUUCAGUCCUCGGAGGCCGAUACAUGAGGCCCAACGUGGUCAGUUGGGGAGUCCAGUGUACCCCGCACACACUGACUGGUGUGACACAGACUGCCGACCUGCUGAAAUAUGAAACCGGCUCAGAGAUAUCUGGUGAUGCGGUAAGUAUCAAGGAAGAUGUGAAACAAUCCAAAGGUGUAGCAACUAUUGGCGUGCAAACGAACAUCGAAGAUGAAUACUUGAUCAAACGAGUGGUCACAACCGUCGCACGUCGUUCCGGUAUUCAGUCCUACCGCCACAACGCCCCGGUUAUCAAACAGUUACGUGGACGUGGCCGCACCCCUCUGCUUUCAUCAAGUUUACCGAGCAAUUUGGACGGACAGUUCAUUGAAGAUGAUGAUGAACAACUAGCCGGAGUACCGGUAACAACAAAGAAGGUUACCACAACCUACCUGGAUGGUACUCAGAAGGUGGUUCGUGAAGAGUUGCUUACCGAAGAAGUCCAAAGUCGUGCGCGGUCGCUUGAUUCCAGAAUUGCCACCCAUUUGCACCUCAGCGAACAAGAUAUGUACGAAGCAGAUGUAUUUGAUCUACCUGAUGAAACAGAUCUCCAAGCAGAUGCCGAACAUUGUUUCAAUAAUCUCCUGAAUAUCUGGAGUGUCCCGUACUUACUCACCAGAAUAAGGCGUCGUGGAGGAUCGCUCAGUGUGGACAGAGACUUGGCCACAACGGUGGGCACCGGAAGACCAACGCGUCUCGUUGGUGCAAAAACUCAGUACACAUCUACAGGAAGCCUACUUCUGUCUCAGACUGGAAACACACGCACCGCGGAGACACAGACAUUCGGUUUUGUGGGCGCGAACCGGCCACCACACAAAAAUAAGCGUAUCCAACGCGGACCCAGUUGUAUUAGCUGGUCACCAAGUCAGACGACCGUGGCAGUCGUGGAGCCAUCACCACCAACUGAUGAAAGUUCACCUGUUUCCGCACCGGGAAGACAAACGAGAUCUACACAACCACAACAACAGCACGAACAAACUCAACAGGUUGGUUUCACCACAACCUAUACAGAAGUGCAUCGUGAACACUCCUCAUCAUUCGCAUCAGCCGUAGAGGACUAUGUUUGUCCAAAAUGUGGGACGCACGCACACAUUCCACAGUUUGGUACAAUGUCCACCACCCAAUCACAGUCAUUACCAAUUACACAACUUCGGAAUGCGCUGAGUCAAACUCGAUCAAGUGGCUAUUACACUUUGGAAAAUGCAGGUCUGACACUACCGGUCUACAUAGGGGAUGAGGAAUUGAUGCGUAUCAAUCCGAACCAAGAAGUUGUCGAGCAUCCCCAGGUCUCCGUGAUCACUUGGUGCCCAGGAGAUGAUACUGAGCGAUCGGACGUGGGAUCGCCGUCCACAACACACGAUGAAGUCUGGGUAGAUAGUCCUGGGAAACUUUUGGAAAUGCAGGUGACAGGUGUUACUGUGCCGGGCACCAAUAAGGUUAUCAGCGCGGCUGAGGCAUUCUAUCGUGGAAUCUUACGUGUUGUAUACUGGGACUACACAAAGGUUGAUCCGAGACAAACAUCCGGUGACAUGGGUGUUGCCAUUCCGCUUGUGGAUGCAGUGCUAUCGGACGCUGUUAAAUUGGCACCAGAAUCACGUCGUGACAAACCAUCUCGUGAGCAGACAACGGACGAUCAAAGUACGUCGACGUUGGAUGCGCAUGUUGUAUGGACCACACCGGAAAGGCAUCGAACUCGAUAUUUGGUGCAUUCCAUCCGACCCGAAGUAGAGCGCCAAGAAGUGGGUAGCAGGACCGUUAGCGAUGCAUACACCGUGGCAGCUGCUAUACGUGCCGGCUACAUCGAUCGCGACAGCGGGCUCCUGGUGGUCAGAAAUCCGCCUACAACUGGUCUUUCAUCGUCCGCGAUGCAUCAGUAUCCAUAUGGCACAGAAGAGUCAUCACCCGAUGAUGAACAAACCGAAACCCUGUCGGUCCAAGAAGCAAUGCGACGGGGCAUUCUUCAAGCUGAACUGAUUGAAACCGAUUCCCCUUAUCAAACACGCUCGGAAGGUCAGCUGCGAACACUUCCUUUGUACUCACCCCAAGAUAUGCCACAAGACAUGGAUAUCUAGGCUUUUGCCUAUGACUCCUAUCCACUUCAAGCCUCCAAAGUGAUUUGGGAGCUCUGUCGAAACGAUACUCCAGCUGAGUUGAAGCAUGUGCGAGCAAGUUGGCCCUGUUCGCUUGAGUCAUCCUCAUCCCCGGCGUCGACUGCACAACACCAGUGUAAACUCACCGAUUCUUCGCUGCAGUACAACCGAACGAUCAAAGAGUGUAUGGUGGCCAGAGGAGGUGACUGGGAAGUGAAACUGCCAGUGGUGUUGCUAGCUCAUUGUGCUUCCAUGCAGCCAACCAAAGGCAAGCUCUACGUCACAUUACAGAAUAUUACGUCAGAAUGCCAGCGCCUGAUGAAUCUGAAGCGUGAUGCCGUCAUGAUACAAGAAAGUGAUCCCAGCAAUACUGUCCAUGCGAUUCGGAAGCAUAAUGUCCCUCAGGGUGACAAGAAAUCACCCUCGGCAUGCCGCAAAUUUGAUAUCGCUGUUGGGUCGUUCGUCGGUUCUCCGUUUCUGUCCCUCAAGGAGAACGCGGAUGGCUUGUUUCUGCGGCGAUGUCUCAUGUACUUGAACAGUACGUUUUUGUUUUUUCGAGCGAGGUCCAGAAUGGUGGCUUGUUUUCGUAUGCUCCAUUGGAGGAUUUCCGAUUUACAGCGGUUCCGCGUUUUACGAAAUGCCAGCUCAUCUUCUGUAUCCCAUGUAGUCAACUUUUUGAAAAAGAGGUGGGAUCUUUUUUCCAGAAGUCGCCGAAUCCUUUUUGGCAUCCUGCGGUUCAUCCGAGUGCGUGCCGGUUUUUUUGGACGAACGUCGCGUCAGCCUCGUGGACUUUCUGGACAAUGGUCUUACAUAGUUCUUCCACCGGAGCUGGUCUCAGUUCUGAUGUCUGGAAGUCAUUCCAGUUCCGACGACAGCAACGAUUCUCGGAAGCGCCCUCCAGAUGAUGUUUUAUUGCCAGAGACAACGCCUAAACGUGCAAAUUGUGAUGACAACGUACACUUGAAAGUGCUCAUUCCAUCAAUAGCUGCGGGCGCAGUCAUAGGCAAGUAUGGUGAAGCUAUUGGGAAGAUCCAGAAAGAUACGAAUACCAAGGUGAAAAUUUCCAAGCAAGACGAAUUUUAUCCGGGCACCACGGAGCGUGUCUGUCUGAUUGUUGGUUCCAUGGAAGGUGUCAUGUCGGUGCACAACUACAUCAUGGAUCGAAUUUUGGAGAAACCGGAUCCCAAUCCACACGCCACUUGUGAAGGACGUCUGAACGUGGAGCGACAUAAGCAGGUCAAAAUUCUCGUACCAAACAGCACUGCUGGUAUGGUCAUCGGCAAAGGUGGUUCCUACAUACAAGAGAUCAAGGAAAAAACUGGUGCCUAUGUGCAAAUUUCACAGAAAUCACGAGAGUUCAAUCUGUUAGAACGCUGCAUCAUUAUUGCAGGAGAUUUAGACCAAACAAGGGCCGCCGUACAGCUGAUUCUGGCGGUAAUCGCAGCUGAUCCACAAUCUGCUAGUUGUCCCAACUUAUCGUACCACGAUGUGCGGGGUCCGGUAGCAAGUGUCUAUCCGACCGGUUCCCCGUAUGCAACUCCUCUGGUACCGUGUGCCACUACUCCCACCUGGCUUGCGACUCAAGCUGUUGACCCCUCGGCCGCCAAUACUGCAGCGAUGAUGGCCGCUGUCUUCGCGCCUGGUUCCGUUGGAUCUCCGGGCGCCGUUCCAACGGGCAGAUCUGCGCACACUUUUGGAUUUUUCUCCGGCAGUUACGGGACACCGCCAGACAUCUCACCGCUGGCCGCGCUGGCAGCUUCUAGUCCGACCUUGGGGCUCACUUCGGUUCUACAAUCAGGUGUUCUUUCGAGUCCAGCUGGUGGUGGUGGUGGUGGUUCGACUGAGCUUGUACCGCCUUCGCCGGGCUCAUUUCCAUCUAGUCCUCCGCAGACUGGGAUUAGCGGUUCUCUUUUGGAUCCGACUACGGCUUUGGCCGCUGCUGCACAACAAGCCGCUCUUUUGGCAGCAUUUCGAUCCAAGACCCAAAUGCUUCCGCAUGAACUGUCAGAUCCCACAGCUUCGCUUUCAACCUUAGUACAUCAGGCCUCUGUUGUCCCUGCAUAUGAACUACCAAUUGUGCUCUACCGCCUUUCGUUUUCUAACCCAGGACCUUUCCGGGUGCCCCCAGCUUGGGUGGGAUAUCCCGUGACAGGAAUCACGACACCUACCAUCGCUAGUGCGCAACAGACCUUUAGUGGUUCACGGCUUGGUCAGUCUCUUGUCGAUCCACAAUCAUCAUCGGCAUCAGGUGCCUCGGGCACUUCGUCGGCCAGUUCUUCUCCUUCUGUCGCUGCCAGUGUCGCUCUAGCUGCAUUAUCUGCCGCUGCAACUGGAGGUGGUACAACCGGAUCUGGCGUUUUGUCCAAUCCGGGAGCAUUACUUGGCAUGAUGCAACCUCCCUCGAUGUCCCCAGCCCUGAAUUUGUCCUUCUCAAGACCGGACCCACUCUCUCUAACGGUUUCUAAUCUCUCCACAACAUCUCCAUCGUUAUUUCUGGCUCUAAAUGAACAACCUAGUGCGGUCGCCAGCGCCCCAACCUCCCCGCCAUCGCUCACUCUGCCGUCGCAUACUUCCAUGUUUGGUCUAUAUGCGUUUCCUGGGGCUGCCAGUCCUACUUUAUCUAUGAGCCCGGUUGCAUCCUCUGCUGGGAGCUACAUGUUCUGCAAAAAAGUGAUAGCUGUUCCAGAGAGCAUUAUCGGCUUACUUCUUGGGCCACAGGGUCGGUCGAUUGUUGACUUACAAGCCUCUUCCGGUACUGUUAUUCAAGUUUCACAGAAAGGUGUCUAUGCACCCGGUACCCAAAACCGCCUGGUCACCAUUACUGGACCCCAGUUGAAUGUUCAGUGGGCGGCCAAUGUGAUUGAGCAACGCGUAGCUGUUGAACAACUGCGACGGGAAUCCAGUGGCUCUACGCAACCGUUCACGCCUCCGGCACAAUCGGAAGGACAACCAGAAACAUCACGCCGGUUGUCAUUUCUUCUCUGUCCUCAGUCGACCGCCCUGAGUACAGACCCAACAGGACACACCUCUCUAGCUCAAACGCUUGAGGCCACACUGUCAGCUCCUUGCCAAACCACCGUGACUGCCUCCACCUGUUCCGUGAAACGGGAAAACGAUGGAUCUGGAUAUCAGAAACCUCCAUGAAAAACAUUCACGAAGCACACAGAAUCAUUCCACAUCUGCCUGUUUAUGGCUGGAUAUCAUUGCUUUGCAGCCGAAACGGGAUUCGUCCCUUCUCAUAGCGCCGUCUCUAUCUAUCUGCAUUGAAUUAUGUAACUGUCUUUCAAUCAGAUGCCGUUAGUGUGCGUCGUGGCGCCACACAAUGCCCCGCCCUAGCACCGGUUGUCUCCCACCUACAGCCCAAAAGCCCGCGUGAGUACCUAUUUCGGAAUUUGAUCUGUCGUGCUUUUCACGGCCAAUUUGGAUCGAGUUUUUUCUCUGUCACGCUACUUUCCGUUUCAGUAAAUAAUAACUUCUGAGACCAUAGAUACCGCUCUCUUAUCGUUUGCUCCCCGCCCGCAGUGUUAUUUCUUCUCAUUGUGUUGUCCUCUAAUGUUUUUCUCCGGUUUGGGAUGAACACUAGGUCUUUCAGCCCCUCCCCUAUUCAUCACCACCAGCAGCAUUGCAUCCUGUGUUGCCACUCGCCGCAUUUUAGUGCAGCAAGCCGAAAAGAUCCACCCAACUUGUCUCUCACUCUCUCCUGGGUUUUUCUCCUCUCGGACACUGUGUUCUUAGCAUCUGGACUGUCGAUAGCCUAGGCCUUGGUAGACAUUUCUUAUGUUCUGCUCGUUUGUUCCACAAAAACUGACUGGCGCGUCUUUCCCCCUGGGCCUCGGAAACAGCACCAAUUACAGCGAGUGCUGUUCCGUGUUUCUUAAUUGUUGGCGCCAUCCAGCAGCCCAUUCAGAAGCUACUUUUUUCUCCUAAGGCGUUGGCAGAAUCGACCGAUAUUUUUCAUUUUUAAUUCCCUUCUCUAUCCUCGACGAUCGUGUUCCGGUGUUGGUAACAAACACGUUGCUAGUGGGUGAGGCUCAUCACUGAACGUCUCGCUACCACUACCCUGUUGCUCUUAUUACUGACUAUUUAUCCAGAUUCAUAUUGAUAUUCAUACUUGUUCCACUACUAUUACUACUACUUGACGAUGCUGAGUACUUAUUUUCAUUCGGAGAAUUUUUGGCAUACCCCAGACAACCGAGACCUUUCCUGUUCAUUUAAACAAUCUAAGAUAAUUGUUGUCUAUUUUCCCAACUACUUGAUCACACACACAGACACACAAACAAUUAUUCUGGUGUACCGGUCUGUUUUGCGUUUUAGUCAGAGUUGCUCGUGUUCUAUUGGCCACCUGUGUUUUUCUGUCCCGUUUUAUUCGUGCCGCCAAAUUUGUCCCCGACCCCGACAACGGAACUUUAGGUUGUUGUUCUUUUCCAGCGUUUUUGCAUACCCUGCGAUCUGCGCAGUGGUCGCGCUAGGUCAUACCCCCGACGGUCAGUAUCCUGAUG